AUGGUCACCGAUUAUGAMGAUUUUGAUGCAGCUAAUGAAUUGGAUGAGUUGGACAAAUUUUUUGAUAUUUCUACUAAAACUCCUCCUAAAGAAGUAAAUGGCUCAACUACCGUGGAAGAUGUUAAAGUUGAAAGUACAAAUGAAAACAAUGAUACUAAUAAUGGAACUGUAAAAGAAAAAGUAAAUGUAAAUGAAGAACAACAAGAACCUUUGACUUCUGAUGAUGAAGAUAGUGAUAAUGAAUCGCUUGACACACAGAACAAAUUGAACGAUACAACAGUAAGUCCAAAUUCCGUCCCACUUACAGAUGAAUCAAAUGUAUUAUUGGAUAUCCCAGAAACUAAAAAAGAACCGUUAUCAGAAACCGAAGAAGAAAUUGAAGAGUGAGAUUUUUUAGCUUCUCAAAAAAAAAAAAAAUGUACAAAAU